AAACCGAUAAAAAAUAAAACAGAAUCCACCAAAUAAAUCGCGGAGUUCCCAACGCUCUCCGCCCUCUCUCGCCCGCAUUCCCCAAUCCAAUCCGCGGCGGCAUCGGCGGCGACACCACCACCACCGGGAAGCUCCGCCCCUUCCCCAUCUCCCUUCCCGUCCCCUCCACUCCCCUCCAGACGCGCCCGAAUCGCGCCGCAGAUUUCGCCGCCCCGCCGCCCCCCGCGCCUCCCCCGAUUUCGGCGGAACAGCCGCUAGGGUUUCGAUUCGCCAGGGCCGGCGCUCGGGAUCGGGUUCGGGCCCUGACCGGGGGCCGCCUUCGUCGCCCGGCAGCACAAUCCGCCCCCCCUCCCCCCUGCUUCCUGGCACGGCAGGAGCCAUUUCCGUGUCGCUGCGGUGUUGGCAGGGGAAGGAUACGGCAAUGGAGGGGCAGAUGUUCGGUGGCGGCAAAUGGGGCUCGUCGCCCUACCCUGGCUCCAACGCCAACAUCAACGCCAACGAGAAUCAGUUCCUGCUCGAUGCCAAGGCCGCGCCGCAGCAGCUUCAACUCUUUGGGAGCAACUCAGUUGGCACCAGUGGAUAUUAUAACUACAAUGGAAAUGACAACCCAUAUGUUAUGAACCAACCAAGAAAGACAAGCAAUUGUACAGCGGAUGAAAAGAAGCUCAAGCUUCAGAUGUCCUUGAACAACUUUCAUGCAGGAGAUGCCGACCGGUUGGCAUGUACUGGUAAUUCAAGUGUUGUGUCUACUGGGCUGAAAUUGUCCUAUGAGGAUAAUGAGCAUAAUUCUUCCUUCACGUCUGGUAGUGGAAGCAUGUCUUCCUUGACUUCCACGACACCUUUUGGUCAUGAUAUUAUGACAGAAAUGGAGAAAGGAAACAAAGAGAUUGACUAUUAUUUGAGAAGUCAGGUGGAACAACUCAGUAGGCGUGUGAAAGAGAUGAAGCAGAGGCAGAUGGUUUCUCUUGUGGCUACUCUCGAACGAGGAGUAGGAAAGAAGCUGAAGGAGAAGGAGCUCGAGGUGGAGGCGAUGAACAGGAAAAGCCAGGAGCUGAAUGAACAGAUCAGACAGGUCGCCAUGCAAGUCCAGUCAUGGCAGUCGGCUGCGCUCUACAACGAAUCCGUCGCGAGCACCCUGAAGAGCCAGCUCAUGAAAGUGGUGGCAGACCAUGCCAACCGCACCAGGGAAGGUUGUGGCGACAGCGAAGUGGAGAGCGGCGCCGUGCCCAUCCAGAAGAACAUCAACGCCGUCCCCGGAGGCUUCUUUGAGUCGAGCCUCCUCCCCGGAGUCAAGAGCGGCGUAGCCGGCAGCGGGCUUGCAGCCUGCAGGUGGUGCGGAGCGAAGGAGGCGGCAGUGCUGGUGAUGCCGUGCCGCCACCUGUGCCUGUGCGCCGACUGCGAUAGGGUUGCAGAUGCAUGCCCUGUCUGCCAGUACCCCAAGAGUGGUAGCGUUGAGAUCAACAUGUCCUAGCAUCAAUCCUGUGUGCUUCGAAUUGGACAGUGGUGUUAUGACUCCGGUACAUAUAGUCAAUCCGCCCCUCUCCCUCCAUGAUCCUGCCUUGGUUUGCACCUAGCAAGCUGUAGUGCUAAAGUUUUGGUGGUGGACAUAGAUUGUUAGCCCGCUCUUGAACGAUCAAAAUUUUCCUGGACCCAUCUAGUGCUGAGCAGAUUGUUGCGAAAUUCCUUCAUUCCAAACGA